AUGGUGGGACUGAGGAACCGUGCCACAUGGGAUCCACUACUGCUCAAGUCGUCUUGCAUCAAAUCUUGUGCUGUCGGCUGCUCCUUGGGCAUCACUGCGCACCUUACCUAUGCUAAUGCAGAUAAAGAGCCCAUUGAAGGCGUGUUUGUGUACCUUCUUGGAGAAAAGGAGGUCGUGGUGGGCUUCGAGGCGGCCAUUGCAGGACGUCUGAUGGGGGUCGAGAUCCAGAACCGAGGCAAGCUGAAGGACUGCUGCUUGGACUGCUGCCCCAGUCCUGGUGCUGAAGGCCGGGAAUGGAACUGCUGCGGCAGCUCCAGCUUGGACAUGCAGUGCAUUAACGGGCAUCUCAUCCUAGAUGAAGACCUGGAAAGAAACACCUUCAUCGUGGGCACAGGGGUCAUAGGUCCCAUGGAUAUCGUGUCAAUCAUCAUGAAGACCACACUAGAACUGCCAACAUUAGAAAAUGGAGCAAUCCACAUUGUCUAUCCAACAUUACUGACACCCAUUGUCACGCACAUGACUGGAAGCAAGAGUGAAAUUGGGGGGAAAUCUGAAGAGACCGGACCAACCAGCUGUUUUAGUGCCACCUCAGGAAAACAGGACCGGGUACUUGAUUCUGAACCGCAGUACUGUGCACAUGCCAUCUUCUCCAGUCCAGCUGCCACUUUGGCUCCUUAUGAACUCAACUUCCAACUGUUGGUUCGAGGUGCUUGUCUGCUGGCCGGACUGGAGAGCCCCACCCACGCCCUGAGAGCAGAUGCUGACCCCAGCGCCCAAAGUGCCUCCGCCACCUACAUCACCUUAGCCCAGGAGCAUCCCUAUGACAGACACAUAGAGAUCAUCUUGCACCUCAGUGAACCACACAGCCCACUGGUCAUAAUAGAGAAAGGAAGGCUCUCCUUCAGCCAGUAUGAACAGCACAUCCUCUCUCGACGUGAUUUCAUUCGCUGCACCCGCAGAGAUCCUGAACCUGAGAGGAAGAUGGAGUUUGUGCGGAAGCGCUACCACAAGGACAUCCUAAACAACCCGGUGUUGAUGCUCAAUUUCUGUCCCAAUUUCUUGGGGGAACCUCUGGAGCUGAACAAAGCUACCAGAGAAAUAUUGCUCCUUGUUGACUGGUGCGGCGCCAUGAGUGGGACCAACAUCCGUCGUGUGAAAGAAGCCCUGGUGGUCGCCUUGAAGAGUCUCCCUUCGGGCACCCUGCUCAACAUUGUCGGCUUCAGCACCCCCAUGAAACCUCUGUUCACAGCCAGCAAGCUCUGCACGGAUGUCACGCUGAUGCAGGCCUAUGAGUAUGUCCAGAGGAUGAGAGCGGACAUGCGAGGCAUCAACCUACUGGGGGCGCUGUCCUGGGUGUACCAGCAGCCUAUGCAGCGCACAUACCCUCGUCAGGUCUUCAUCAUCACGGACGGCUCCAAAAACAACGUGGCUAAAGUUUUGGAGCUGGUCCGCAGGAACACAUGCGCUGGCAGAUGCUUUGGUUUGGGCCUUGGUUCCAGAGCAUGCAGGCGACUCCUGCAGGGCGUCGCCAAGCUGACAGGAGGUACUACAGAGUUUUUGGAAGAUGAGGAAAGACUUCAGCCCAAGCUCAUAAAGUCUCUCAAAAAGGCCCUCGAGCCUGUGCUGACCGAUGUGCGGAUUGACUGGUACCUGCCUGAAAACAUGGAGGCCCUUCUUUCGCCCAAUGAAAUCCCUGCACUCUACCCAGGGAAUCGCCUUAUUGGAUAUUGCACGCUGUAUGACGUGACAACUUUUAAAGCCAAAAAGACUGAGUGUCAAGAGCGUGGCUCCAAAGGUUUACAUAAUACCUCCAUGGGUUCUGUUUUUUGCCCGUCUAAUGACGACAUCUCACCUCCUACUUCUGAGCUCAUGCCUGCGGUGACUUGUCCGGAAGGUAACUACCUGGAAGAGGCGCUGAGGGAAAUCUCCAGAGAAAUCUCGUCAGAGUUCUCCUGCGCCAAAGACGCCGACCCAGACCCCAGCACAGGUGUGGAGGUAGACUGGUCCAGCGAUGUGAGGACCAGGAUCCAGGAGAACUCCUACAUCCAGGAGCAGUACGUCCUCACCCAUUGCUCCCUCAGUAGCGAACGGAGUCUACCCACACACAUACAGGCUUCAUCUAGUUCUGACCCAAUGCCCUCUGCUCCGCUGCUGGGAACGGGAUCUUUACCGCAAGGCCUUGAGAAGAUACCUGGUCCAGAACAGCGGUCAUCUUUGUCUCGCUGGGCUGACUCGAACCUCUCAGCUGAGACUCCUGACAACGGCAGGAAAAAAAAUGGACAAUUAGGUUGUAGUGACGAAGCGCGCUGGAGACAAAAAUCGUUGGCCCGUUCAACCAUGGCAGCGAGAAGCUUCUCGUCACCGCAGGGUGAGCUGGAGAUGCAUCGCCUCAGGAGAGCCCUGGAGAGGGUCUCCUUCGACCAAACUCUGGGAGGAAGGCUGGAUGAAAGUGACGGCGAGACAAAGCCACCAGAGACGUCCCACAGAAGCCUCAAUGACUCCAGUGGGCUUCUUUUUCCUGCCUCUCCUCUGGACUGGGACAACUUCACAGACCCAGAGUGCCUAUUCACCGCAGUUCCCCUGCAGGAUCCCCCACCGGGUCAAUGCCGCUCCCUCGUUCAUGGGCUUCUGGGAGGCAGACUUGUGUCCUGGGAGGUCACGGUGAACCUGGACCACCUCUUGGUCCCUGAGGACCAGAGGGCGACAGUGGUGGAAGGUUUUAAAAGUAAACGAGGAAGAGAGAGGGAAUCUUGGGGGGAGAUCAUUCACCAGCUGACCGCUCGCUCUGUCAUAAGAGACUUUGAGAAAAUGGCCGAGAGGGAGAAUCAAACAGAACAUGGUUCAGCUAAGCGGUACCGUGUGAAGGCCACCCAAACCAGUAAACAUUGCAACAUCGUCUGCAUGUACACAGCCUUCACCCUAAUUGACAGCAACCCUAACCAGGAUGACGUGGAGGUCCAAAAUACAGGGAUACUUUUGGGAAGCAGUCGCAGUUCCCACUCGGGUAGUCGCAAGCAGAAAACCUAUUCUGCAGGUCUGGGCAGAAGGCCCACCAGUAGAGACUGUGAAGAGGGCGAGGAUACAUGGAACUCUACAGACAGAGAUGACACUCCUACCUCACCGUGUAGCCUUACUUCCUGGGACUCGAACGCCCUCAGUGCUGCUCCCUCGGUAACAACGGGCCCAUCAUCCACUCGUUCUCAACGAUCUAUAGAAAGCAAGUCAAUGGAGAGCUUCUUUGGCACCAGGUUUCCCCUUAACAGACUCAGGUCCUCGAUUUCUUCAGGACGACAGGUUCCUCUCAAGUCCCACUGCCUGUCUGCACAGACAGACAAACAACCUGAGAAUGAAGCUCCAAAUUACCUGCCCCUGGUUCGCCUUCAACUGGCCUCAGGAGCGUUUCUGCUCACUGAGAUGUACGCCGACUGUGUCCAGAUCUCCUUGGACCGCCUGAAGAGGGCUUCCCCCUACACUCUGCAUCGUCACAGCCUCAGCCCGCCUUUCCGCUGCGCGUCUCCCAGCGCUCCAUCUUUGUCCUCCUCCGCCAAACCUCCCGGCCAUCACCAAGUCACCUUUUCACCCUCCUGCUCCCUCGCCAGAACAACCGUGCCUCCCUUUCACCACACGCCAGAUGACACCCCCUUGAUGCUGGAACCGAGGCUUCGCCGAAGACACCUGUUGGACCGGGACCCCGACACCUUAUCCCCGGAUCUCCCCAGCUGUGAGGAAGGCUCCCUGGAGCUACUGGGCAGCAACUCUCAAGGUCACAGUCAGGGCCAGGCGGACAGCGGUCGUGGAUCAGAGACAGAUGUGUGCGAGGGGUCUUCACUGGAGCCCCCCUACCUCCAUGUGAGUAGCCAGUUGGCUCAAGACGACCUGGAGGGCUCAAGCUGGGCGACUGCAGUGGCUCUGGCCUGGCUGGAGCACCGCUGUGCUGGAUACUUCGUGGAGUGGGAGCUGGUGGCGGCAAAAGCGGACUUCUGGCUGCGUGGCCUGGUGCUGCCCGAGGGGGUGGACCUGGCCGGGUUGAGGGGGGCCGCAAGACAGCUGUUCCUGCUGCUGCGCCACUGGAAUGAGAACAUCAAAUUCAACAUGUUGUGUUAUAAUCCCAAUAAUAUGUGAGACAAUUUCUUUCAGCGAU